AUGCCCGCCCAGGAAUACUCUCCAGAGCUGGCUCCCCUCGGCCAUAAGAAGCGUUCCCACGUUUCCGAUACCAAUUCUGCCGUUACCCUGACCGGUGUGACCGCGGCUCCCUCGUCUCAGAUGCCAAAAUUGCCCGAGUCUCCAACCAACAGUUACAAGUACUCGGCUGCCUCUGGCGCGGCCCCGACUUCCCCUGAGAGCAAUUUAGCCAGGUAA